AUCCUUUUGUUUAUCCUUUUUUUUGGUGCUACUUACUUUCCUCGGUGAGCGAACGAAAACUCCCGUUUGUCGGCGAUCCUCUUCCCGCUCCGUUCGUUCCGUCGUUAUAGAUGCUCUUCUUUUUAACACGGGUUCGAAAGUGGCGCUUUUCCGCUCACGUGUGACCAGAGCAAAAAGUCGUUCCGCUCCCCCCCCCCCCCGUUGCAAAUCAGUGUCGUGAACGCGGUAAUCGUACGCGCGUCGAAUCCAAGGUCAAAUCGAGAGAAUUUCAGGUGUGCGCACGAAGCGCAAUUCUUCGGCGAUAAGCAGCGUCGGUUAAAAACUUUGCGAAAGAAAUUCUCCAGAGAUCCAAAAGCGUCGGAGCUUUCGAAGCGGAGCGAUCGUUGACGGAAGAUUUUGAGUUCGUUUCGAGAAUUCUCGCUCCUCGUCGACAAAAUUCGGGGGGAAAACUCAGGUUUGGUUAAAACCGGCUCGAUCGACAUCAGAGGGAUGACCAACUCGCUGACGGCUAUACCGUUGGUAUCGAGAAUUUCCAGCAGGGUAAUCAGGGUCCUCGGAUGCAAUCCGGGACCCAUGACCCUCCAGGGGACCAACACUUACCUCGUGGGAACAGGGAAAAGGCGCAUCUUGAUCGACUCCGGUGACAAAGAAACCGCCCCCGAGUACACGAGGCUCCUUUCCGACGUCCUGAAAUCCGAGGACGCGACCUUGGAACACCUUCUGCUCACCCACUGGCACCACGACCACGUAGGCGGUGCAAAAUCGGUCCGCAAUUUGUUGACGUCCCACAAAAGGAGUCCCGACGAAAAUUCCCUCAGGAUUUGGAAGCUCCCGCGUUCGCCGGGCGACGCGACGACCUUGACCGAGGAAGAGCGAGAUCUGGGGGAUUUCGAGGCCCUGGAGGACGGGCAGAACUUCGAGGUCGAGGGGGCGACCUUGAAGGUCAGGAGAACGCCGGGGCACACGACGGACCACGCUUGUCUGCAGCUGGAGGAGGACAACGCGCUGUUCAGCGGGGACUGUAUCCUCGGCGAAGGUACCGCGGUCUUCGAGGACCUCCGCGACUACAUGAAAUCGUUGGACGAAAUCGCCGAUAUGGCGCCGGCCGUCAUCUACCCCGGACACGGUCCCGUGGUAGACGACCCCCUGCCCAAGGUCAAAUUCUACAUCGAGCACAGGCGGAGGAGGGAGGAGGAGAUCCUGGAAGCGGUCAGGAAAAAUGCGGAUCUCCAGGGUAACGCAGGGCUUUCGGAAAUCGACAUCGUCCGAAGGGUCUACAAGAACACACCGGAAAAUCUUUGGCCCGCGGCCGCGGAGAACGUCGGCCAUCAUUUGAAGAAACUUUCCAAGGAGGGUAAAAUCUGUGGGGAAAAAGGUGGCUGGUUCGCACGUCGAAAUUGAGUGGGACGUUUAGUCAAAAUUCAGAGAAUUUUUGUCCCGAGGAAACCUGAGCGAAAAUUUAACGAAACCUGGAAAAUUUGUCCGGUGAAAAAAAAAAAAAUCUGUAUAUAAUGUAAAGAAAAGUACAAGAGGACAUAGUGAGUUGUACGCAUCAUUUAUAAUGUAUCUGAUAAAUUUUUUGUUUUUGCAUUACAACAUAUUGACAUAAUUAUACGUUUGUAUGACAGAUAUAAAAUAUAUAUGAUAUAUAUGUAUAUAUGUAUAAUAUAAUUCUUGUAUACGUGUAUCAGGCCUUUUCAAGAAAGUGCAUUAUAUAUAUAUAUAGUCAGUUUUACUUUCUCUUCGAGAUUCUUCUAUCCGAAACACGCUACCCGUUUUUCGCGAAGGAAACAACAAAAA